AUGAACCAACUAUACCUUUAUUUUUUAGGAUUUACAUGGUUAGUGAUUGUCAGACAUAAUUUUAUAUUAUCAUUCUUGGUAGGAGCUGCCCCAAUUUUAUUAAUAUUUAUAUACUUGGCAUUAUUUUCUUCCUAUGAUGAAGUUAACAUUGUUGUUCCAAAGAGCCUCAAUACAUUGAAUACAAGGAUCAAAGAUGAGGAAAAUCAAAAUGUUUCAACUACAAUUGAAUCGUUAGAGAAUCGGGAGAAUAAUCAUUUUCUCGAGGACUAUCCAGAAAUUUCUAAAGAACUUUGUGAUAUUAUACAUUAUGUGAUUGAUGAUUAUGUCAUGAAUUGGUUUUAUCAUUUAAACCCUAGUCAGGAUUCUCCUUUUCCCAAAACAGUAGAACUUAUUUUGAAGAGCAUUGUUGAAUCAAUCAGUAAUAAUUUAAAGAAUAACGAUAUGACUGAGUUUUUCAUCCUACGCCUGAUUCCAAUUUUUAAUUUGCAUUUUAAUGCCUAUAACACAUCGGUAAAGAAUAUUAAAACAAAUCAACAAUCUUCAAACAUUAAUCUAGCUGAAAGAGGCAUCUUCCAAAACACUGAUUUAGAAUUAGCGGUAGAAUUUAAUAAUAUUUAUAGAAUUCAUUCUGCAUUAUCUUUGAGAACUAAUAAAUUGAAACAAGAUAUUUUGAAUUAUUCGAGAACCAUAUCAGUAAAGCUACUCUCUACUUUAUUGGAUGAUACUGACUUAUCUUCACCACUAAUUUCAUCUUUAAUUAGAGAAAUUGUAGCCACUUCUCUUUUGAAUCCAUUACUAAGUAAAUAUUCCGAACCAGAUAAUUGGAAUGAACUACUUUUGUCUGUUUCAAAAAAUAUUUUAAAAGAGAGAGAUCAAGUGUAUGAAAUUAAGAAAAUAUUAUCAAAAGAAAUCCGAGAUGAAAAUUUUCACAAUGAGGAAGUUAAAUCUUUUAGUAAUUUAAAUGAUUUUCCACGGUUAUCAAUUGAUUUCACUGAGAAACAAUUCGAGACAUUCUUAAAGUGCCUAAAUUCUUUAAAUACAAAAUCUGAUUUGAAAGUCUUGCAAUUGCAAUUGAUUCCUUGCUUGCUAAAGAUUAAUCGUACCCCAGUUCUUACCAAGGACGAACAAAUUUUUCAAAAGAGAUUAAUAUUAUCCUUAAAUUUAAUAAAAUCAAAACUUUAUAUUAUUGAUCCAAAAUCUAAAAGAGCAUCACUUACUUUAAAUUCAACUGCUUCAACUUUGGAUGAUAGUAGCAGCUCAAUAGAUACUUUGUUGAAAGAAUUCGAAUUCAUUAUCAAAACUAUUAGUUUAGACACUAUACUUUUGGAUAAAAAUUGUAUUACCUAUUUCUUCGAAUACUUGAAAUCAUUACCCACAAAUGAUGGUGAAAUAAUUUUAGAGUAUUGGCUUACUGUCAAGAAAAUUAAAAAUCCAUUAGAGAAUCCAUUUUCUGACACUUUUGUUGCUACUCUCUCCAAAGCAGAUCUUCUUAAUAUUUGGGAUAUAAAAGAAAAAUAUUUUAAUCAAGAAAAUAAUUUACAAGUAAUGAAUAAAAUUAAUCAAGAAUUAACUAAUAAUAUUCAAUAUACAACAACAGAUGAAGAACAAUUUUGUUCUGAUACGGAUACUUCUUCUUUAGUGAGAAAAAGUAUACUAUUGUUACAAAUCCAGUCAGAAACAAUAUUGAAUGAUAAAUAUUUUGAAAAUUUUAAAAAAUCAGAUUUCUUCUUGAAAAUGGUUUCAAAUCCAAAUUUCAACUCAAAUGAAUUGUAUUCAUUGUUUUUCAAGAAUGAUAAUAAAAUAUCUCGUUCCAGAACAAGAAAAGACAGAUCCAGUUCGUUGGUUGAUCAAAAACCUCAAAAUGUAAAUGCAGUUAAAAUUUUUACAAAUCCUAACUUAAAUGAAGCUCUAGAUAAUAUUUUGCAUGAAGAUACCAAAAGAGUUCAUAAAAAGACUAAAUCACCUAAUGAUUUCUUAUUUGGAGAAGAUAAUCUGUUUAAUAAUAGCACACCUAAGCUAUUUGAAGACGAACGUUCUAAAGUUUACAGUUCUCCGAAUAUACUUAAGGAUAGAAAUAAAUCAACUCAGAGUGAAAUGCUACAAAAGAAUAGACCUGUACUAAAAACUAGUAGUUCGGAUCCGGAGUUUAUUAAUAUCGUUACUACAAGUCCUAUAUUAACAUCUGUAGAUUCAAAUUCUGAUUCUGAUCUUGAUGAUAUGAUUGGUAAAAAUAGUUCUCAAUCUGCAUUAAAUGCUGAUUCAGAUGUAGAUGAUGAAGAUAUAUUUGAAGAUAAUAAAUCUUUAAUAAAGCAAACCUCUAAGAAUAUUAACUUUAAAGAAGAAAUUGGUAAUUUAACUAUAUCGAUGGAUCAAAUUGAAAAGGAAUUAAAUCUUUUGAAACAUUUAUUAUUAAAAGCUGAAUUAACAAACAGUAAAGAACAACUACAUAUUCUACAGAAGUCACAGAGAUCACUAACAAGAGAACUAAUAAAUAAAGAUCUCUUAAAACAGCAAUAUAUCGUACAAGAAAAUGCAAAGAGUCUAUAUGGAAAAACUAAGUUAUUUAUUAGGUCUUAUUUUUCAGAUGAUAUUUUUGAUGAUGGCAAUGAAAUUGUAUAUUAUCUAAUUACAGUAAAUUAUAUUAUCAAUGGACAAUUGAAGACAUGGGAAGUAGCUAGAAGAUUCAGUGAAUUUGUUAAAUUAAAUUCCCACUUAAAAAGACAUUUUAAAAAAUUAGUAUACCAUUUACAAGGUAAAGAUGGCUUUCCGAAAAAAGUUCAUGUGUCAUUAAAAUACCACAUAUCAAAGACUUUAUUAUACGAUGAGAGAAAAUCAAAAUUAGAAAAUUAUCUAAGACAAUUGCUGAUAAUUCCAGAAAUUUGUGAAGAUGAUUUUUUGAAGAAAUUUUUAACAAAUACCGGGAACUUUAGAGAUACCUUAAAGACCAAUCUCAACAAUGUAGAGUCAAACAAUAGUGAUACUGAAGAAGAACCGCGCUCACCUUCAGAAGCUCCUUCGAUGACAUCAUCUAUGAGUAAUUUAUUAUCUGAAAACUCUGCUAGGUCACAUUUGUUUUCAGAACCUUUAAUUGAAGAUACUCCAUUAAGAACUACAAGCAUUGCAAGCGGCCAAACUGCACCUCUCAGUCCUGGAAAUGAUGAUCAUAAUUUUACUCAAAUAAAUUAUGAUAAUUUUGAAGCUCAGUCAUAUAAAAGUAGAUCCUUUAUCAAGCCUAUUAGUGAUUUAUUUAUUAACAUCUUUUCUUUAAACAAGUUUAAUUCGGGGUGGCUAAGAGGAAGGGCUGUAGUUGUACUAAUUCAACAAUUAUUUGGGAGCACAACUGAAAAAUAUAUUAGAGAUAGUUUUAGAAGAUAUACUACGGAACAGCAUAUUGCAGAAGAGCUAUAUCGUCUGAAAGUUCAUUUAUGGGGGUUAGAUGGUUUAAAAAGGAAAAACAGACAAAAGUCAAGUGAAGUAUCUUUAGAAAAGACUAAAUUAGAAUUACUGAAAAACAGAACUAAUAGCAAAAAAAUGUUUCAAACCUUAAUGAUAGAAUUAUGUGGAAGAGUUGUAGGUGGCCAUAGAUCUAAAAAGGCCUCCAACCGUAUCCAUGAUAUGUUACAAAAUUCAUACUUAAACGCAAGUUUAUUGUUUGAAAUAUUAGAUGCUACCCUUGAUGAGUUUAUAUUUAAGAGUAUGUAA